GUCAGUAAAUAGUGAUGAUGUCAUGCGGGCAAGAUGGCGGAAGGGGAGGACGUGGGAUGGUGGCGGAGCUGGCUGCAGCAGAGCUACCAGGCAGUCAAGGAGAAGUCCUCUGAAGCCUUGGAGUUCAUGAAGCGGGACCUGACCGAGUUCACCCAGGUGGUGCAGCAUGACACAGCCUGCACCAUUGCAGCCACCGCCAGCGUGGUCAAGGAGAAGCUGGCCACCGAAGGCUCCUCAGGAGCAACAGAGAAAAUGAAGAAAGGGCUGUCUGACUUCCUAGGAGUGAUCUCCGACACUUUUGCUCCCUCACCAGACAAAACCAUCGACUGCGAUGUCAUCACCCUGAUGGGCACACCAUCUGGCACAGCUGAGCCCUAUGAUGGCACCAAGGCUCGUCUAUAUAGUCUGCAGUCAGACCCAGCAACCUACUGCAAUGAACCAGAUGGGCCCCCGGAAUUGUUUGACGCCUGGCUUUCCCAGUUCUGCUUGGAGGAGAAGAAGGGGGAGAUCUCAGAGCUCCUUGUGGGCAGCCCUUCCAUCAGGGCCCUCUACACCAAGAUGGUACCCGCGGCUGUUUCCCACUCAGAAUUCUGGCAUCGGUAUUUCUAUAAAGUCUAUCAACUGGAACAGGAGCAGGCCCGGAGGGAUGCCCUGAAGCAGCGGGCAGAACAGAACAUCUCUGAAGAGCCUGGCUGGGAAGAGGAAGAAGAGGAGCUUGUGGGAAGUUCGCCCACAUCUCCAAAAGAGGUAAAGGUUCCUGUGGCCAGAACUUCCACAUCCCUUGAAGGAGGACCUGGCCCUCAGAGCCCCUGUGAAGAGAAUCUGGUGACCCCUACUGAGCCUCCAACAGAGGUGACUCCAUCGGAGAGCAGUGAGAGCAUCUCCCUCGUGACACAGAUUGCCAAACCUGCCCCUGCAUCUGAGGCAGCCGUGAUGCCCAAGGACCUGUCCCAAAAGCUUCUAGAGGCAUCUUUGGAGGAACAGGGCCUGGCUGUGGAUGUGGGUGAGACUGGACCCCCACCCCUUGCUCAGUCCAAGCCCAACACCCCUGCUGGCCGCCCAAGUGGCCCAGAGCCCAGACCUCCAGCCAGAGUAGAGACUCUGAGAGAGGAGGUACUCACAGACUUACGGGUAUUUGAGCUGAACUCGGACAGUGGGAAGUCUACACCUUCCAACAAUGGAAAAAAAGGCUCAAGCACAGACAUCAGCGAGGACUGGGAGAAGGACUUUGACUUGGACAUGACUGAGGAAGAAGUGCAGAUGGCACUUUCCAAAGUGGACGCCUCUGGGGAGCUGGAAGACGUAGAGUGGGAGGACUGGGAAUGAGGGGAGCCAGAGCACGCAGCUCCCCCGCCACAGCACCUCCCACCUCCCUCGCACGUCUCAGCCCGGCCCUGGAAGACACUGACUAAGACUGUCCCCUAAAUGGCCUCUAUCAGCCAGAGCUCUGGGGAAAUUCUGGGUUGCUCCUUGUUGGCCCUUUAGGCCUCUCCGCACAUCUGGAAAGGGGCUCGAUAAAUCCAAAUCAGGAACUCUGACUUGUGCUAACCCUAGGAUGACCCGAGGGGGAGGAGACCUACCCCCACCGGAAGAGCUUACAUUUCUCUGCUGAAUGCCCUCUGUUCCUGGGUACUCUUGCUAGGAAGUCCCAAGGGAUAGCCCUAGCCCAUCUACCUGUGUAGACAGAGGCUAAACCACCAAUCUCUUGGAGGACGCCGAGACAACACACUCUCACCCACAAGCAGGCAGGGAAGGCCGUGCCACCUGCCCUUGGCUAGACAGGGAUGCGAACACAUUUCAGUUCCUAUCCCAGCGUGUAAGAGGCAUUCGCUUCUGGGACAUUUGCCUCUCUUAGGAAUCUCCCUCCCAGGCAUUUUCCAUUCCUGGAAAGGUUCCUUGUGGUUCAGAAUCUAGAGACCAAAUUUCGAGUUCCCACCUCCCUCCUUUCACCCAGUCCAGGUUGGUAUGUCCCCAAUGCCUUUCCCAAGGCUUCUUCAUGUCAGAUGCACCCGAGUCCUUAGCCCAGCUGUGCCACCUGCAAGAGUCUGCUCUUGCUCCUCUUCCCCUCCCCAAGAAAGGAGGGGGCCACUUCAGGCCCUUCCGUGCGUUGCCUGGCAGGAUACUUUGUCCAACCAGCUACCCACCUCGACUCCCCUGUAGCUUAGGACACAAGCCAGCUACCAGCGGUACAGAGCAGUGAUCAAAGCCGAGUACUUACAACUCUGGUAAGCCCAACUUCGCCGCCGCAACCCUUCGGUUUCCUGAAGGGAUAUGUUGGGGGUGAACUUCUUGAGACUCUCAUCAGGCUUCUGCAAAAGCUCUUCUUCCUGAAGGCAGAUCCAGUCUUUGUGGCUCUCACCCUCCACACUGGUAAAGCGGCGCCUCUCUUGGGGGAAUGAGGGGCUGCAGGAAUCCCUGGAGCCCCUGGUGCUUCAUGAUGCUGCUCUGGUGAUUCUUGUACAUAAUCUGGUGUGUUCACCAAUGAUUUAAAGGGAUCGUGGUCAGGGACGCCAAGAGAGUGGUGGUCACUUCCACUUCAGACCUUCCGUGAGGGGGUGGGAUGGAGAGAAUGCUUAAUCUUUUUUUUUUUUUUUGAUGGGAUGGGGUUUUCUCUUUGUAAUUAUUUCUUUAGUUUAAUUAACCUUUUGGUUGUUUGUGCAAUAUUAUAUAUUUUAAAUUAUAAUGCAUCUCCCCAGAGUAUUUUCUAGCUGGGAAAAGAAAAAAGGAAAAAAAAAGAUUCUAACAGCUGUUAGUUUUGUAAUUAAAAAAGAAAGAAAAAAGAACUUUUUCCUGAACCUUUUCCAGAUUUGCCGUUAACAGCAUUAAAGAGAUUCAACAGAAGCUGGAAAGUGUCUGGGGGUCUGUUCUUGUCCCCACAGCAACUGCCCUAGAGCCAGAGCAGGGUGGCUUCCUACUUAGAGCCUGGGGGAGGGUUGUGGUGGGAGGUAGUCUGGGUCCUGAGGAAGUCCCUUGUCCUCAUCCCAGACUCGGCUCGGCCUUUAGGAUGAGGAAGAGCCAAGCUCCCAGCAGCCCUCUCACCAAGACAAGGAGUCAAGAGGCCGUUCUGCAUUCCCAACGCUUCUGCUUUUAUUUGGAAAGGAAGUUGCAACAACAGUUUUUUCAGUUGCUCUUGGUCAUUUUUCUCCUGUCCUCCCCCUGUAUGUGUAUGAUUCUGGGGACUAUUUUUAAUUAACUUUAGUUAAACACCUGUAUGAAAAUCACUUGUCAGCCGUAAUAAAAGGGAAGUCUGAAUGAG